AUGAAUGCUCGCUUCUCUCUUCCACCUCCCUCACUCGUUUUGUUUGGGCAGCUUGAGAACAACGGGAACGGGGCGGCAGCAGCCAACGGAGUAGCUUCAACUGCAGCAGCAGCAGCAAGAUCGGGCGUUCCUGGAAGUUUCCAGAACAAGCCCAACCAGGCCCUUCCAACCGUCCGAUUCGUUUCAGGCCACGUGGAAAAGCUCUCCGCGUCGCUCCCUAUAGUCACACUCUCGUCAUUGGACCAGCCGUGUACAGUCAACCUAGAUGGGCUCACCCUGGUAGCGGUGGUGUCUCCUCCUGGCCAAUCAGGAGCGAGAGAAGGCAGGGAAGGAGGGAAGUUGGGGAAAGGGGUUAGGGAGGAAGGCGUGGGGGAGAGUGGAGUCAGUCUGAGAAAUAGUGGAGGUGAGAGAGGAGGAACUAACAAGGGGAGUGAGACGGAAGAGGAUGAGCAGGGAGAGGAGGAGGAGGAGGAAGAGGAGGAAGACGGGGAAGAGGAGGAAGAGGAGGAAGAAGAGGAGAGAGAGGAGGGUAUGGAGGGGAUGACAAAUGGGGGUUGGGGGAGCUUUCCGGGCUUCCAAGGGGGGAUACAGCUCGUAGCAGGGCUGGUAGAGAAGGUGUUACAACGGUUACAAGUGUCUGUAACACAUGUACAGGUUCACAUCGUGCUUGACAACGGAACAACCCAGUUUGACCCGGCAGGAGCAGGGGCUUGUAAUGGAGGUGACUGUAACGGGAUUAGGUCUGGGGUAGGCGAUUGGAGUGACUGCAAGGGAGUUGUGUUUUGCCUGGAUGAGUUAGCAUAUGGCCCGGCAGCACAAGAAGAGCUAGGGCUUGGUUCGGCAGGUCCAGACGUUUGUAAUGAGGUGCAGGUGGGGAGAGAAGGGCAGGGAGGAGAGCGGAGAAGUGGGAACGGGUAUGGGGGAGGAAAGAACAGGAGAAGCGAUUCAGGUGGUUGGAGGAGGAGAGGGGAGGAGGAGAGAGGCGCAGCAGGUGUGGGGCGUGUAGGAGGUGUGGUGGGGAGUGGUGCUGGUGCCGAUGGUGGUUCGAAGGGAGGGGUGGCGCAUAUGGUGCUGGGAGGUGGGCCUAAGGAGGUGCGGUUUAGUGGGGUAAGAAUGGGUCUAGUGGGGUGUUGGGAGUGUGGGGGUGAAGGGAGUGAGAGGAGGGGUGCAUGGAAGGGCGAGGAUGAGGAUGGAGCAAGGGAGGAGGAUUUCAGGAAUGAUGGGGAAGGGCCUGUGGUGGCUGUGGCUGUGCAGCUGUCGCCUGUGGUGAUUCAAGCGGAUGUGACUCUAGUGAAGGGCGUGCUUGAGGUGCUGGGGAGGCUUAGAGGGGAGGAAGGAGGGGAGGAGGGACGGGAGGAAGAGGAAGAAAGGGAAGAAGGAGAAGAGGAAAGGGUUGCGAGGGAGGAUGGGAGUGGUGAGGGUCUUGCAGUCAGAGGAGUGAGGAGUGUGAGGGGAGACGAGGGGGAUGAGGGGGAAGAGGCAGCAGCAUCAUCAUCAGCAAGAUCGUCAGCAGCGGUAGCAGCAGCACGAACAGCAGCAAUACAGACACCAUCAGCAGCAGCAGCAGCAGCAGCAGCAGCAGCAAUAUCACAAGCAUUGGCAACUGCACUACCCCAAAAAGCAGCAGCAGUGUGGGCUGAUAAUUACGUGGAGGACUGGUUGGGGCAAAGGCUGGUGGAGAAGAGGCGGGUCAAGGAGGAGAGGCGACGAGCAAAUCAGCGAGCAGAGGAGGAGGCAGCUGACAUGGAGGCCAGCAUGACUGAGUUCUUCGACUGCCUCGAUUCUGCCAUCUUCCUCUCCUCCUCCCUUUCCCCCUCGCUCCAUUCCUCCACAAAUUCAUCUGCACCAACCUCAUCUCUCCCCGCCUCUCCUCCUCCUCAUUCCCCUGCCGCUGCCGCUGCCGCUGCUGCUGCCGCUGCUGCUGCCGCUGCCGCUGCUGCUGCCGCUGCCGCUGCAGCUGCCGCCACCACCGCCACCACUGCCGCUGCACCUACCAAUCUUCUCGAUUCCUUCUUCCCACGUGCUGAGCUUGCUGGUGCUGCAGAAAGUCCCGAUUUCCACCCUUCGUCCCCCUCCUCCUCAUCCGCACCUUCCUCCCUCUGGUCCUGGGCACAUGCAGCAGUCUCGGCAGUCUCUGCCACGUCAGCACUGGCAGCUGGACAUCCACCUGCUGCUGCUGCAUCCUCGGCUGUCUCUGCAUCCCUAGCACUGGCAGAGCCUUCUCAGCCCCUACUCUCUCUUUCCUUCAGUAUCCCCUGCAUAACCAUCUCCCUGACACACUCACCCAAGGGAAGCUGUGAUGGUGAAACUGCUGCUUUUCCUUCUUCUUCUAGAAUCUGUGUUGGUGGGGGUGGAAGAUCUGGAGCGCUGAUUCUGACAUUGGAGGGGCUGCAAGCGUCACAGGAGGUCUCUGCAGGCGAAUCUCAUCACCACAAAGAGCUGUUCAUCAGCAGCAGCACGCUUUCCUUCCAUCCCUCAUGUUCGUUCGCUCCUGCAUCCACACUCUGCGGCCACGCCCAUGUGUGUGGGAGUUUUGAGCGUUCUCGGAAGCACCCUCACAUGUGUUCUAUCUGCAGUCCUGUGAAGCUCUUUCAGAUUUCCUCAUUAGCCGAUUCGCCUGCACCCAGUAUCUCUCUCUGCUUUGACAUCACCUGCCUUCGCCUCGUCCUCACUGCUUCUCCCUCCCAGCUACAGCCGUCUCAGGCACAACAGGUGCAGCAUUCACGUGGGCUACAGCCAUGGGUGCUACAGCCGGGGCCGCUACAGCCGGGGCCGCUACAGCCUGCAGAUGCACAGGAAUCACUUGCAUGUGUUGGCAGUGAUCACGGGCUUGUCGCUGACUUCCAUGGCUUCCACCUAUCAUCAUCAUCGCAAUUACCGCCAUCGUCAGCAGAAGAAGCAACAGCACCACCACCGCCACCGCCAUCAUCAUCGUCAGCAGCAGAAGCAGCAGCAGCAGAAGCAGUAGCAGCAGCAGCAGCAGCAGCAGCAGCAGCACCAUCUGCCUACCUGGCGUCUUCUCUGGACGCCAUUGGUCGGGGCAGCGGAGCUCCAGGGGGAAACCCGCUGGAGAGGGGAGAGGCAGGGGUGUGCCUGCUGCUGGUGCAGUGGCCAGGAAGGUGCCAGGAAGCUUCAGUCACGGCUGGAAGUUUGUCAGGUGGGGGGAAGAAAAGGGGGGUGGAGAGAGGAAAGGAGAGAGUGAGCCAGGGAGGGGAGGGUGGAGGUGAGGGGGUGAGGGGAAGUGAGGAGGGCAGAGAGAGUGAGGGAUUGGUGUAUGUGUGUGUGAGGGGAUUGACAGCAGAGUUGCCAGGUGGCAGGUGGGACUUUUUUCUUCCUCUCUCUACCCUGCUUCCUCCACAACAAAGGCCAGCUGUUGUUGCUGCCUCUGCUGCUUCUACUGCUGCUGGUUCCGCUGCUGCAGGGGAAAACGGGCGCUGUGAGGCGCCUCUUAGAGUAAGGGCUGUGGGUGUUGGUGGGAGUGACAAACUGGUAUCCGCUGUGUCAGGUGCUGUUGGUGGUUGUGAUCGUGGUAGCGAGCAAGGGGAUCUGUGGACUUUUGAGGCGACUCAAAAGUCAGAUCUGUGGAUCAACCCGGCGCGGCAGCAGAAGCAGCAGCAGCGGCGGGUGCAGCAGUUUGCGGGCCAGGGAGGGCCCUUGCAGAUCCCCUCCUCUCUUCUUCCCCUCCCCAACCUCAAUGCUCACUUGCUCUUAAACCCGAUGAUGUCACUCACUUGUUCGUUGAUUUCCCGUCUCACUUCGGCUCGGUCCACGUCACCUCCCGACCUGGAAAUCAUCUGCUGCAACGCCCAAUUGCAGGUGGACACGUGUCAGGACAGCAUGCAGGUGCUGGGGCGGCUGGGGCAGCAGGUGCAGCUCGUGUUUCCCCCUGAUGCUCCCCUUGUUCCCCCUGGGGGGGUCACAAGCAGGGUGUACGGGGGAGGGGAGGACGUAGAGGGGCAGACAGGGCAGGGAGGGCAGGGAGGGCAGGGAGGACAGCAGGUGCAGCUCGUGUUUCCCCCUGAUACGCCUGUCGUUCCGCCUGGGGGUGUCACAGGCAGAAUGUGUGGGGGAGGAGGGGUUGUAGAGGGGCAGACGGGGCAGGGAGGGCAGGGAGGGCAGGGAGGGCAGGGAGGGCAGGGAGGGCAGGGAGGGCAGGGAGGGCAGGGAGGGCAGGGAGGGCAGCAGGUGCAGCUCGUGUUUCCCCCUGAUGCGCCUGUUGUUCCCCCUGGGGGGGUGACCAGUAGGGUGUAUGGGGGAGGUGGGGUUGCAGGGGGGCAUGUAGGGCAGGGAGGGGAGGGAAGGGAGGGAGGGGAGGGAGGGCAGGGAGGGGAGAGAGGAGAGGGAGGGCAGAGAAAAGGUGCUGAUGCUGCGGCUGAUGCUGCUGCUGCUCCUCCUGCCGCUGCUGCUUCUGCUGCCACUGCUGCUGCCGCUGCUGCUGCUGCUGUUGAGGGAAGGGAUGCGAUCGGUAGUAACGGGUGGAAGAUUGGCAUUGAUGCUGGGCUGAGGCUUAUUGAGGAGGAGGCAGGGGGGUGGGUGGAUGUGAUAGUACCGGAGCAAUCAGGAGGAGAAAUUGGAAGCGAGGUUGACUAUAAUGAAGGAUGGACCUGGAUGGAAGUGGAGAGCGGCGGGGAGAAGCAUGCGGGAUAUAGUCACAUUCAGAAAGGUGAGGGAUGCCCCAGCAGCAACAGAUGGAGUCGUGAGGGUGCCAAGACUGGUGGCAGCAGCAACACCUCUGGGCAAUUUCACGCACAUCUUCACCCCCCUUAUAGUCACCUCGACAGCAACAGAUCGAGGCGGGAGGUUGGCAAGACUGGAAGCAGCAGCAGCAGCAGCGGCGGCGCCCACCAAUCGCAUCACGCCACGUGGCUUGAAGAUAUUUCCGGGCAGCUGGUUCCAGACCACGUUCCCUUGGUCCCCCCCUCGUCUCUCCAAAACAUUCCCUCCUGCUGCUCUUCCUCCUCCUCUCUCCCUAGUGCCACGCACAGUGCCCCCUCCUCCUCUCCCUCUCCCUCCUCUCCCUCCCAUUCCUCUCCCUCCCCCUCUUCUCCUCCCCCCUCUGCUCCCUUCACCUCUCGACCCAGCCAUAAGCCCUCCUCUCUCCCAGCCUCCUAUCCCCCCUCUGAGGCCCGGAUCCUUCUCAGAAACUGCUCGCUCGUCUGCAGAUUGAGCUCUGGCCAGCAUUUCUUGUCAAGUAGUGCUGCUGUUAACAGUGGUUUGUGUGUUGGCCUUUGUGCUGCCCCUGGUGCUACUGGUACUGCGGGUGCUGGUGCUGGUGGGGCUGAGUCAGCAUGGGCAGCUGCUGAGUCAGCAUCGGCUGCCGCUGAGUCAGCAGCAAGGCUCAGAUUGGAGGGUCCGUGUAUGGAGCAGGGACAGCAGGGGCUAGGGCAGGGGCAGAAUGGGCAGGGGCAGCAGCAGGGGCGCAGGAGGUGGGCAAGGGUGGGAGGGGCGUAUGGGAGGGAGGCUGCAGAUGUACGAUCCAAGGCUCUGCGGCUGCUGCUGGAUGCUGUCAGGCCCAAUCCAACGGUGGAGAUUGACGAAUUCAGGCUCUCAGUGGCUCUGCUGCCAAUCCGCCUGCGCAUCGAUCAGAACCACAUCGAAUUCCUCUCACGCUUCUUCUCUACAGCCGGUGCUGCUACAGCUGGUACCUGUGCCUCUGAAUCAGCAUCAGCAGCAGCAUCAGCAGCAGCACCGGCGGUGAUGGCAGAUGCAGAGCUCUUACGAGAUGCCUUGCUGCCAUUCUUCCAGGUGUGUGAGAUUCGGGCCUUCUCGGUUUUGAUCGACUACGUGCCUCGUCGCUUGGACCUAUCAGCUCUUUCUGCUGGCAACUACGCUCACCUGCUCAACCUCAUCUCAUGGAAGGGUGUUGAAAUCGAUUUCACGAAAGCCAGGGUGGUGGGCGUGCAGGGGUGGGACGGGCUAGGGGGAGCGCUCAUCAGCCAAUGGGCGGAGGACAUCUGUCGCCGCCAGCUGCAUCGGGUGGUGAAGGCGGCUGGGCCUGUCAGCCCCCUGUGGGCCCUAGGUGCUGCUUCUAUACAGCUGGUGCUGCUGCCGGUUCAGGAGUACAGGCAGAACAAGAGGCUGAUGCGAGGGGUGAAGAGAGGUGCCAUCUUUUUCCUCCAGUCGCUCUCCCACGAGCUGCUGGGCGUGGGGGUGACAGUGGCAGCCGGCACACACCACCUGCUGCACGCACCACCUGCUGCACGCAGCAGAAGCUCUUGGUGCUCCUCUCACCCUCCUCUCUGUGCCCCUCACCCUAUUCGUGUGCCCCUGUGCUAUCUCCUGUGA